CCACUGUCCACCACCACCAUCAAUGAUACUACCAGCACCACCGCAAUCAUUGAUACUCAGCACGCACAGCAUCACCAUCCACCGCUAUCAACACCGCACGAUCAGCACCACCGUUCACCAUUACCAUCACCAUCACCAGUACCACUAACACUAACUGCACCACUGUCUAGCUAUUGUAUUAUUUUCUCUCGAAUUUUUCAUACAUACUGUACAACUUAGGCAUUUAGCUUAUACGAACACUAAUUACCUAAUAUAAAUAUAUACUUAUAAAUCUAUACUCGUAAUGUCUAAUUUUAUAGUACCUUCACAAUCUCUAAACUUCACUCUAAUUGUAAAAAAAAUUAAUAGAUUUAUUGAUCUAUAAAAUUACGAAAUAUUAUUCGUCUAUUUAUUUCAAUGCGCGUGGCAUUUUUUGACACCAACAGCCCUUUCAUUCACACUGACUGAGCCGGCGCAAACCGGUUUGUACCCUGACGGAGCGUCGCGUCGGUGAACCUGUCGGUGAGAGCUCACGCACCAUCGCUGCGCUAUGUGUGAGUGUACCCGCAGCGAGCCGUUUGUAUGUAGCUUCCCCUCUGGUCGGUUUCUUUACUCAUGUGCUGCCGUCUCACCGUGGCGGCGCGGCGACCGCCUUAUAAGUAUUUGUGACAGAUGAUGAUGUGACUGAGGAUUUGCGAGAUAAAAUUUUGAGAUUGAUGGCUAAUAGGAAAACUCAGAAAAGGAGGACCGAAAGGAGAAGGAUGGAAGUAGAUAAUGAUGAUAAGGCGGAUGACGUUGGACAUGCAGAUUCUAUUCAUUCUAGAUUCAAGAAUUUAUAUUAAGAAGAUAUUCAAGAAAUUAUUCAAGAAUUCGAAGAAAUCAUUUGAAUUCAUUUAACCCUUAACUUGAUAACGUAUCUAAUAAUGCACAUAUUCUAAAAAAAAAAUUGGGAACUAUUUAAGCAGAUUUAGACUAAAAUUAUAUUCUACUUAGUUUAUGGAAUCCUUCUAUUCUGCAGUAAAAAUAUUAUUUAUUACGUCUGGCAACAUUUGAAGUUAGUAGAUUGCAAAAUGGCAGAGCAUGCGCGUGUGUCUACGAGUUAUAAGGUAAGAAUCGAUUAAAAUCCUAUCAAAAUGUAGUUGUUACGAUAGAUAUAUGUGAUAAUUAUGUAAUUGAAUGUAUAUUGUUUUAGUUAUGCAAAAUAUUUUGAUCGAACAAUAAUAUUUUCUAUCUCAAAGAUUACUGUCAAUGUUAAUGUAUCUAAAAAUGCACAUCGCCAAGAUCCUGUAUUAUGACCUGAAUUUUGGAGUGUGCAUUGUAGGACACAUUGCCAAGCUUACAACAUUAGAGUGUUCAUUUCACUGUGUGCAUUUUCAGAUACAUUGCCAAGUACGAAACAUUAUUGUAAUCGUAUUUAUUUAUCAGUACAUAAUGGUUUGUUUACUUUUUAGGCCGGUACGAGGGCUCAAAGAAUAUUGGCACUGGUCCCAAAACCAGGAGCAAGUUCGGAUAUUGAGAGCAGUGACUCAUCGGAUGGUGAAAUAACUGGACACGCUUCUGACAACGAUGAGAGCUCGAUACCACCUUCUUUGCCAUCAUCACUCGAAAAUCUGCACGUAUUGUCGGAAAGUGAAAACGACUACAGGGAGGUAUUAGUCCCAGCCGAAAAUACGACGAAUGUUACGAGACGCGUGAGUUUGUUUAGUAAUUUUUCUACGUCCAGUGUUUCUGCUUCUCCAACCAAUGUAAUAGUCCCAGCGACACCUUCACCGAUUUCUUCAAUGGCCAAUAGCUCUACAUAUAUAUUAUCCGUACCAUCACCAUCAAAUGCUACUCGAUCCAGCAAAAGAGUUUACUUAGUCAAAAAGACUAUAGUUAAGAAAAAAAAGCUUGAAGUUAAGUGGACAACUGCAAGAUUUAAAUACUCUGCUGAAAUCAGUGAUAAAAUAUUCAACAAAUCUUCUGAAACAAAAUCACCGUUGGAAUAUUUCAAACAAUUUUUUUCAGAGGAUAUAUUUGAAUUGAUAGUUCGAGAAAGUAAUUUAUAUCAUAUGCAAAUAAAGGGCACGCCCAUGAAUAUGACUUUGGAUGAAGCAAAGGAUUUUAUUGCUAUUAAUAUUAUCAUGGGUGUCGUACGUUUGCCAGCUUAUACGGAUUAUUGGUCUAAAGCUCUCAGAUACAGCAAAAUAGCAGAUAUCAUGACACUGAAAAGAUUUCAACUGUUCCGACGAUAUUUGCACUUUGCAGAUGCUUUAGGUGACGAUGGGGAUCGUUAUUACAAAAUAAGACCUUUGUUAGAAAAAAUUCGCCAAAAUUGCAUAAAUAUUGAAGAGGAACACCGUUUCAGUGUGGACGAAAUGACGGUGCCGUAUAAAGGUACGAGAGCUGGUACCCGCAAGCAGUACAUCAAAAAUAAGCCUCGAAAAUGGGGUUUUAAAAUAUUCGUUAGAGCAGGAAUAUCUGGAAUGGUGUAUGAUUUUUUGCUUUAUGGGGGAGAAGACACUUUCCGAUUUCAUCAAUUCAAUGCAGAAGAAAACAGCAUGGGAUUGGGAGCUAAAGUUGUCAUAGCUUUGAGCAAGACAAUCAAAGAGCCUGCUUGUAAAGUGAUUUAUUUUGAUAAUUUUUUUACCUCCAUAGAAUUAGUAUAUCACCUGAGAAAUGAGUACGGGAUAUUUUCCUUGGGAACAGUGAGACCAAAUCGUUUGCGUGGAGGAGACAAAAAGCUUCCUUCUGAUAAUAUUUUGAAAAAACGAGGCCGCGGAGCUUUUUCACAAAUUACUUCUAAUGAAAGAAAAGUAGCUGUGGUCAAAUGGUUUGAUAAUAAAUGUUUUACUAUAGCUAGUUCUUAUGCUGAUGCUCAUCCAGUUGACCAUGUAUUGAGGUACAAUAAAGAUAAAAAGCGCAAAGAACCAGUGCCCUGUCCAAACAUAGUUCGGCAAUACAAUGCCCAUAUGGGAGGUGUGGACCUGGCGGACAUGCUGAUUGCACUUUAUCGCACUGAAAUGAGAGCGCAUAGAUGGUACAUACCUCUUUUCUCACAAAUGCUUGACAUCUGUAUCAACAACGCUUGGCUCAUGUAUCGACGAGAAACUAAAUGUCCAAAACCCAUAAAGCUCAAAGAAUUCAGAUGCGCGAUAGCUGACAGCCUCACUACUGUGGACCGAGUUGUUCAUAGUAAGAACACAGAGGCAAAAAAAUUUGUGACUCCUGAAAACCAGAUGGACAUGCGUUACGAUCAAAUGGGUCACAUGCCAUCAUUUACAUCCAAAGGGCGAUGUAAGCUUUGUGUUAAGGGUCAAACUAAAUUUAUCUGUAAUAAAUGCCAAGUGAGGCUUUGUUUAGUUGAAGAUCGUAAUUGUUUUUAUUAUUACCACCAGAAAUAAUGUAAUUAUCCAAAAUAGUAAUUUGGUAAUACUUAUGACCAACUUACAGUUGUAGUCACUUACAUUUUUUAUUUUCAUGUGUCUUUUUAUAUUUAAAUUUAUUGAUUGAUCUCAUAGAUUAUAAUACUGCAUUGUGUUAUAAUGUUGUGAUAUUAUUACGCUUUAUUAUUUUUAUUUUGUAAUUAACUACAGGUAUUUGAUGUGAUAUCUGUGUGACAGUGGUGGUCAAAAAGUCAAUUAUAAUAAAGAAGUUGAAGCUAUGUUCCUACUUUGAGUUGAAGACUGUGAUUUUAAAUAUUUUUAUAUAGAUAUUAUAUGAUUAAAACAGCAAAUAUAAAAAA